CACACAGGCCCUCGCCGCCGCCGGUCGCGAACGUGAUGCAUGCGGGGACUUAGCGGCUGCAUGCGCGCGGGCCUCAUGGGCACCGUGCUGAGCUUCAGUCCGCGCGAGCGGCGACCGCCCGCCGCCGCGCCCCAACCCGAUCGCGCCGCCCUCGCCUACUCCUACGAGCGUCUGAACAACGCCAAGAACAGGGAGAACCGCGAGCUGCCGCGGGACGAGCGACGCGCCACUCUCGACGAUGCUGCCAAAAUCAUAUCCGAGAAGACGGCCCUCGAAAAGAAUCUCAAGAAGCAUUCUCUGUUCAUAAACGCUUUAUCAUGGAAGAGGUUCUCGACAGCGAACAAUAACAAGAAGAAGCUAGAAUCGAAGAGCAAGAGCGUGACGACAUUCCGCGCGCCGCUGACGGACAAUGCGCCGCUCGAUCGCAACAAGAAUGUUAGCGUGCAGGGGGGAUACCCGCGGCCGGUGCCUGCGCCCCUACCGCCGCCUCCAGCUGAGGUGGUGCGAGCUAACGCACUCAACAACAAUGUGUGCUACGCGGAGAAGCUGCCAGCUACGACGGUGGGGCCUGUGGUCGCACCGCGGAAGACCAUAAUCCAGGCCUCGACCUCAGAGCUGCUCAAAUGCCUCGGCACGUUCUUGCAUGCGCGGUGCCAUCGCUUGCGUGACUUCCAAGCCGGCGACGCGGUCAUGUGGCUGCGAACCGUCGAUCGCUCUCUGCUUUUACAGGGCUGGCAGGACGUGGCAUUCAUAAACCCGGCGAACGUCGUGUUCGUGUACAUGCUAGUCCGAGAGCUCGUGGACGGAGAAAGGAUAGCGCGUCCUCAGGAGCUGCAGGCCGUCGUUCUCACCUGCCUCUACCUCUCUUACUCUUAUAUGGGCAACGAGAUCUCGUACCCCCUCAAGCCGUUCCUAGUUGAAGACUCUAAAGACAAAUUCUGGGACCGAUGCCUCUUAAUCGUCGAUCGGCUAUCGUUCAACAUGCUGAGGAUCAAUUCGGAGCCGGGUUUCUUCACGGAAGUGUUCACGGAGCUGAAGGCGUGCGGCGUGGUGGACAGCCCUCCUCCCGCACCACCACACCCCGCCCCCGUACCCCCUCACACCGUCACGGCCGCCUGACACACGGAGGUGGCCGUUCUGAGGUUGGCCUUGACUGAUCGCCCUAGUCGCGUUUGAUGUCGGGCUCGCAGCUAUUGGUCGACCGUUCCCUGAUAACUUCAUAACUGUAAGAUUGGCGCCUGGAUCGUGUAUAAAUAAAAUAUUAGACGUCUGGUUUCGUGUGGUCGUUCGAGAAAAACGGAUCACGAACUUAAUUCCUUAAAAGACUUAUCUUUUGCAUUCCAUUUUAAUAGUUUGGCUAUGGAAGUUAAUUAUAGUAAAUAAAGGUGUUACAGUGUUCGAAGUUUGACGAGUGUUAGGAUGCGUUUGCUCAAGAAAUAAAUCUCGUAGAAAGAAGGUAGGUAAGAAUAGAGAUCGAACGGUUGACCAAUGCUACGCUGAAGUUUUACGAAAGUUCGGAGCCAGAAAUGGGGAAAAUCAUAAUACCUAUGUUACGAAUGUGAUAAAUCUAGUCGGAAACAUCUUGUUGAAAAUUUAAUGUUAGAAAUUUUCGUCCAUCUCACCGUAUGGUUACAGCGAUUCCAAUUUAUUGGCUUUUUUAUGUGUCACCGCCAUUUAAGCACGGUCAUUGUCAGUGUAUAUGUCGAGCGAAAAGGCCAAGUGUCCACUCCACACCCCAUCAGAGACGGCUAACAAAUUUUCUAUGUAUUGCAAACCAGUUUAUAUCUGUCCGUGGUUUUAUUACCACGUUAAAUUAGUUCAUGCGUUUUCGUGUAUUUUCGUGAAGUAGAUAAAUGUCUGAAAUAUUUACUUUAAGCGGCCCCUUCAAAGGCAACAUUUUAGUCCAAGAGUCAGUAAGUUAAGUGUUUCGUAAAGUAGUAAAAUGGCAGUAAAGCCAUUUAGUUAGGUGAUAAUUAGCGAAUAUCUGUCAGGCGGGAGGAUGCAAUAUUACGGUUAAAAUCCGCUAAAAAUGUGUCCCGGUAAACCCUUCUACGAUGUGUACGUAUGUAAGUAUGGUUGACGGCUGUAAGCGCGGGAGCGUCACCUUUGAUUUUGUUAUAAACGAAUGUUGUUAUAACAAUUAAGUCAAAAUAAACGACGACGAAGCGUUUUGUACAGUAAAAAAUUGAACAUUGAUUACAUCUUAAGUCUUAAUUUUACCCGUAUUAAGUACUUAUAGCUUAGAUAAUCAAAGUGGACGGCACUCGGUUUAACAGUACAACGUGUUUGAUUUGCAUGUUUGCACGGCAAUAUAUUAUUUAAUUUUAUAAAGUCUAAAUAAAUGAUUAAUAAUUUAGUAUUAUCAGCCACGUAAUUUAAUGAAUUCUUUUAUUUUAAUUUGAAAAAUAAAAUAAGUGUAAGAUGUCAAAUAUGACAUAAGCAAUGUCAUUGAUCACAAUUUAAAGUUUGAACAGUGUAAUAAUGCGCCGAGUGCCUUAGUUAAGAAUAAUAAUUGAAUUGUUUAGUCGAAUGAAUGUCUAAAAAAUGGUAGGUUACGUACAUAUUAAUUAAUAAUAGAAAUAAAAAGAAUCUCAAUCGAUCCAUUUCAUAACUGUUUAGAAUAAAUUAGACUUCUGUGAUUAAACUUGAAUCUUUGCGUUUUAUUGUUAUUAAGUAUUUAUUUUUUCAUGCUUAGCUUAAAUUAUUGUUGUAUUAUUUUGAUUAUGUUAAGUUUAAAGAUUAGCGUAAUUUGAAGCGACUCAACCAAUGAAUCUGUCAUCUAACUUUAUCUACAUAUAAUCGCUGUUGUGCUAUUUUACCCGCGCUGAUUGAAGCUUAUUCCUGGAAGUGAAAUGAUGUAUCCUACUGCUUUUACAGCCAUUUCGCCUAGUUCUUAUUACAAUAUCUAUCAAGAUACUUUUGAAACAAAUCAAAAUGAUCGAACCAAUAAUUUGGAUGAAAGUCACUGUUCUUUUUUUUUUUUUUUUUUUUUUUUUCAGUAUGGCAGCCGGUAUUUAGAUUCAGUCACUAACGAUAGGUACAAUGAGCGACUCAACUUUGUAAUUUAUGCUUUAAUGUAAAAAGGCGCGAAACAUGUACGGAGUAUUUAGCCGUCAGUUGGUCAUGGUCCUUGACUAUUUACUUUUAACAAAAUGGUUCUCAAAACAAUUGCAUAAACACAUUAAAUAACCAUAGGCUGAAUUUCGAUGUAUUUUAAAUAAUCACAAUAUUUUCCUCCUUGAUACGCGAUGUUCGACAGUUCCGAGAUGCAAGAUACUGUCAGAAAGAAACAAUUUCUAAUACAACCAAUUAUGAAAUCAAUGAAUUCAUUCGAAAAAACCUAAAUAAUAUUACGAUUUCUAUGAGUUUAAUUAAAGACGACCGCGGGACAUAUUGGUGUGUAAACAUUUUUACCACAAACACAUCAUAAUUUAUGUAGCAUCAAAAUCGAUUAUUUCACACAAAAUCCAGAAUGUACGAAGCGAAUUUUGUCUUUUAUAUGUUUUAAAUAAUUUCUCAAAGACAUGUCGCAUGCAUGAAACUAAUAAACUAUCGCAAUAAUGCUACAGUUAGACAUUAAGUCUGGAUGAAUUAAAAUCGAGGUUGGAAAGUUGCGGACACUUGUUACAUUUGUUAUGAUCAAGAUUUUAAUACCCAAAGACAUUACAUUCAUUCAUUCAAUUUCACGAAUCCGUCUUAGUGGUAUCGUCAUUUCGUGUUAGGUACAUUCAGACAACAAUGAAAUAAAAAUCAAAUUUAUAGAUCGUGUGUUGUAUGCACGUCUGUCAGUAUAUGGAUUAUCUUUGGAUAUUUAAUAUAGGUAGUACAUUUUUGUAUUGCCACUGUACGACACUGUACAUAGGUACACUGACGACCAUACGGUCCACUUGCAAAUGAGUGAAUUAUUAACGUCGCUCAUGGACGUCAGAUAUGCCAAGGGCAUGACCGGGUCGUUGCCUAACACUGAAGACUCCCUCUGAUUUAGUUUACCUUGGAAAUUGCAUUUUUGUAUAUCUGUUGAUUGUCUGACAGAGACCGCUUUAAGCGAAAAGUGUGCUUAGUGCGAGUUUUUAACUUCCCGAUAGCGUAAAAGUUAGCUCUUAUUUGUAUGGAGUUGGGACGUUUGUCUACGUUUGCCGCUAGGGGCACUGUCCCAACUGCAUACAAAUGUGAGUUAACUUUUACGCUGUCGAGAGCGUAAAAAAACUCGCACUAAGCACAAAGAUGAUAAGAUCGACCAUUGUACCUCUAUUCGUGUACUAAUGUGAUUGUAAUUACAUGUCUUGGUGUAUAUUAAAGUAUACUCUAUUCUACAUUAAAAAUAUACAAGUGUUCAAAUGUUUAACACAACAACAAUGCAGUGCGAUUGAAAUAACAAAUUAAAAUUAUUUUAUCAGCUGUAAUUCUAUUUCGUAAAGGCUAUUUAUUGGAAUACAAAGAUAAAAACUCGUGAAAUUUAUUGUUGAUACUUAUUUUAUUGAUUUAUGUUUGACAUUUGACUUAAGUUUCACUGAUUGAUAUGGUAAAGGGAACUACUUUCGAUCAAUAACAUGUAUUAAAUCUAUGACCAUGUGAUUAAAAUAUUUAUAGUGAAGCUUUGAAUAUAGUACCUAAGAAUAAAAUAGGAAUAUAACAGAAAUAUCGAAUUUCAAUGAUAUUAUAGUGUGUCUACAGUACUUGAUGUUUGGAUGUAUGAAUGUGCAAAAUUAACGAAAAGUAUCAAUUGGUCGUGUACCUAUUCUUACUAAUUCACAUAACUCACGUUUGUUAAUUAAUCUAUUGUAAAUAUACCCCAUUAUUAAAAAAAAACUUUCGUAUUAUA